AUGAUCCACGUCCAAAGAAACUCCGUGCUCGCCCUCGCGCUUGUACUUCCGACUGCCUCGUCGACGCGAUCCUCUGCUGCUAUCUUGGCCCAAACAUCAGCGCGCUCCGCUUCCGACCUCUCGCGUCUAUAUAGACCCAGCACCUUGCUUCCGCUACACCCUUCCCGCCUCAGCCAAACCCAUCUGCAUCCGACUCGCCAGCCACCGCGCCGCCUCCUUCACUCUCACUCUGAUCAUCACCCUGUCACCCAACACAUCGACGUCAUGCCCAAAAUCAUCUACUACGCCAUACGUGUCGGGCGACAGACCGGUGUCUUCACCGACUGGGACGUGGCCGCGCCGCUCGUUGUUGGUCACUCGGGCGCCGUCCAUAAGAAGUUUUCUUCUAGACAAGAAGCCGAGCGCUUCGUCAACGGAACGAACACCGAGCCUCCUUCCAAGGCUGCCAACGACAAGCCCAAGCAAACCCUUGGAAAGCGCAAGUCCAUCUCGCCCCCCGCAUCCAACCCGCCGACAAAGCCGCAGCCGCAACCCAAGAACAAACGCGCCAUCGCCCCGCCCCCGUCCAAGAAACGACGCAGCAUCAUCACUCCCGUUCCCUCGGACGCAACUUCGACUGCUGGCACGUCCGCACAAUCUACGCGCAAGACCAUCGUGUACUGCGACGGAUCGGCCACCGGCAACGGCAAGAAGGGCGCGCGCGCAGGCUACGGCGUCUGGUUCGAGGACCAGGCGCUCCACCACCUCAACGAGGCACGCCGACUCCCCGGAAAGAUACAGACCAACAACCGCGCAGAGCUCCUGGCGAUCGUCCGCGCCAUCCAGCUCUGCCCCAACGACGGCCGCCAAUUGCUCAUCUUUACCGACAGCCAGUACAGCAUGGACGCCGCCACAAAGUGGAUCGACGGAUGGAGGGAGAGGGGCUGGGUCACCGCCACCGGCAAGGAGGUGCUCAACAAAGACCUCAUCGUCCAGCUCGACCACGAGCUCACCACCCGCUUCCCCAAGCCCACCAUGGCCUUUGUCAAGGGCCACUCGGGCAUCGAGGGCAACGAGAUCGCUGACCGCAUGGCAAAGCUCGGCGCCACCCUGCCCGAGUGCGACUGA